AUGGUUCUCACACAUCCAACCAAUGCAUCGAAGAGGCCUGCUCAGGUGGUUCUAGAUGCCAAACGGAAGAGGCACACCGCAGCUCAGCUCAAAGAGGAUAAGGUGUGCGCAGAGAAGAAACAAGAUGAACAAGACAAAAAGACAAGACAGGCCAUUACUCAAGUGACUGCUGCUCAGCAGAAAGCGGCCAUCCAGCAGAAGAAUGCAGUCUCAACAAAGAAGCCACGACCACGCCCAGUUGGGAAAGGCGCUACAACAACAACAGCAUCUUCCUCUCAUGCUCAGACUGUUGCAGAUGAUGACGAUGAUGACGAUGAAGAUAAUGACUCUCAAGUUCUUGGAUGGAGAAAAUCUCCUCCUGCGACACCUGAGGGCUCUGUGUUUAACAAUGAUGUUGAAGCUGAAGAGUGCACACCAGAUGAAGCUGAUGGACCCGAGCACUUGGUGGCGUAUACCCUUGCAAACAUGGGUAAAACGAUGCGCAAUCAAAAAUUGAUGGAUGUGAUUGAAGUCCAAGAUAUUCCCCAACCUCUAACUCCACCAGUUCCUUCGCAAUUAAGACUCCUUCAACAUGGAUCGGGUAACACCCGUCCCCAUAUUACCCGAUCUGAACCAAAGGACAUCGCCGUGGACUUGGAGGGCCAGGAAGAUGCUAUCGUAUUUGUAGAUAAUGAUGAUGAUUCUGGUGUUGAACACCACAAUGCUAGCGCUGCCAUGAGGAACAUGGGUGGGAAUAAGCGAGUCACAGCAUCAGCCAACAUGGAAAUCGUGGAUAAUGCUCCUCCGCCCAAGCAUAUCAAACGAGAGGCACAAAGUGAGGUGGCAGUUGGAGAGCCCUCAAAGGCAAAAUACAAGAACAGUGACCUUCCUCCUGGUUGCUUGGACGGAAAUUUAUGGCGCGGAGUUUUCAUCCCUACAGUCGCACAUGCAACGGGUGGCAAGAAUGUCCACCCUUGGUUGAUCGAGGACAACACACUCAUCCCGAUUCUGACAAAGACGUGGAACAUCGUUUAUGCAGACAAUCCAUCACUGAAGAACUACAAGAUCGUCAUUGGUGGUGCUGUCUAUCAUGUGGCUAAACAACACCUCAGUGAAUGGUGUGGAGGGUUUGGAUUGGCUGCCAUCAUGAUCAUUACGAGUCUCAUGGCUUCUGAUUGUACUUAUGAAACUGACCAAGAGCACAUUGAUUUUGCCAAGUUCUGGCUUGAAGAUAGCUGUUUCCUUUUUUCAGAUGUUACUUCUGAUGAUCCAGAUGCAUGGAUGGGGAUGUGGCAGUCUACAUUUGUGUUGCAGACAUUUGCUGCACAUCUCAACUAUACCCAAGGCCGGGUGGAAGUUCCAGCGCUCAACAGUGAAAAUGACAUUAUGCGGGCAUCACUUGCUUUAUCGGCAGGGGCGGUAAAAUGCACUCUGUACCUUCUUUUGGUAGGAGCAAUGAGUUUCACUAUCAUGACGGCUACUGGGAAGGGAAAGAAGAAGGCUACUACUAUACACAAGGGUAAGGCAUCAGCUGUCAAUGGAGACAUCCAGGAAGCUGUUAUUGGGGAGAAUGAGAGCUUUUCUGAGCUGCUUUGGGGUUAUGAUACACGCAUGCUCUUGCAAGCAAUUAAGAAUGUUCCCUCUACAGCCAUGCAGGGCAUUGUUCAGCAAGCACAGCAAUACAUGAAAGCUUCCUCUUGUGGAGGACGGUCCAAGGGAGCUGAUGAGCCUGAGGAAGAGAUUGAUGAGGAAUAUGUCAAUUUACUUGCCUUCCGCUAA